CUAAAAAUAGAAAAAAAAAAAGAAAGAAAUUAAAUUUAAACACAUCAUCUUCCCCAAUCUCUCUCUCGCCUGUUACUGAUUUUCUUCUUUCUUCACUGCAACUUCCUCUGUCUUAAGCAAGACGAAACAAUCUCUCACUCUCUCUGCGUGUUCCCCUCCGCUUGUCACAGAGCCAGAGAACCAAAUGCUCCACGCUUUAGUGUGUCAAGCCAUGUGAGAGUUCUGACACAUUCUCUUCCCCUCCAUCGGCAAUUCAAUUUUGCUGGUCUCUACUGAGUCGCGAACUCGGUGAGUGAACCCAAUGGCCUCGUCUUCGCGAGCAAGGAGUAGCUCACCGUUUUCUCACCGCAAAUCCUCCACGCCUUACUCCUCCACCUCUUCAUCCUCCUCCUUCAUGAACGGAAGGUUAAUACCUCGCUCCAGCUCCUCCUCUUCCUCAUCGUUCUUCAACUCCGGUGGCCGAUCCAUUACUCCGAGUCGUGGUCGCAGCGAGUCAACGUACUAUGGUGGCGGCGCACGCAGCUACAGUGGUCGUUCGCCUGUGGCGUUCGGAAAUGAGGAGCUGAUCUCGGAGCCUUUGGAUUCGUCGAGGUCCGCGGACAGCAUUUCGGUCACGAUUCGGUUUAGACCAUUGAGUGAAAGGGAGUAUCAGAGGGGAGACGAGAUUGCGUGGUAUGCCGAUGGCGACAAAAUUGUCAGACAUGAGUAUAAUCCAGCUACUGCAUAUGCAUUUGAUAGAGUUUUUGGGCCACAUGCCAAUUCAGAAGAGGUUUAUGAAGUUGCAGCAAAACCUGUGGUGAAGGCUGCCAUGGAGGGCGUCAAUGGAACUGUGUUUGCCUAUGGUGUGACAAGUAGUGGUAAGACACAUACUAUGCAUGGAGACCAACAUUCUCCAGGUAUCAUACCUCUGGCUAUAAAGGAUGUUUUCAGCAUGAUCCAAGAUACCCCAGGAAGAGAAUUCUUGCUGCGAGUAUCAUAUCUAGAAAUAUAUAAUGAGGUGAUCAAUGAUUUGCUUGAUCCAACUGGCCAAAAUUUGCGAGUUAGGGAAGAUGCCCAGGGAACGUAUGUGGAGGGUAUAAAGGAAGAAGUUGUUUUAUCUCCAGGACAUGCACUUUCUUUUAUUGCUGCUGGAGAAGAGCAUCGUCAUGUUGGAUCAAACAAUUUUAAUCUGUUUAGUAGUCGGAGUCACACGAUAUUUACAUUGAUGAUUGAAAGCAGUGCCCAUGGCGAUGAUUAUGAUGGAGUGAUCUUCUCUCAGCUUAAUCUAAUUGACUUGGCUGGAUCUGAGAGCUCAAAAACUGAAACAACUGGGUUAAGAAGAAAAGAAGGAUCUUACAUCAACAAAAGUCUUUUGACCCUUGGAACUGUUAUAGGAAAACUGAGCGAGGGGAAGGCAUCUCAUGUUCCUUAUCGAGAUUCAAAGCUAACCCGGCUGCUGCAGUCCUCUCUUAGUGGGCAUGGUCAUGUCUCACUUAUAUGCACAGUUACUCCAGCAUCCAGUAAUAUGGAGGAGACUCAUAAUACUUUAAAGUUUGCCAGCAGGGCAAAACGAGUAGAAAUAUAUGCCUCACGCAAUAAGAUUAUCGAUGAAAAAUCUCUAAUUAAGAAAUACCAGAGAGAAAUUUCAGUUCUUAAACUCGAACUUGAUCAGUUAAAGAAGGGGAUGCUUGUUGGUGUCAAUCACGAGGAGAUUCUGACGUUAAAACAGAAGUUGGAAGAAGGUCAAGUGAAAAUGCAAUCAAGAUUGGAAGAAGAGGAAGAAGCUAAAGCUGCUCUAAUGAGUAGGAUCCAGAGGCUAACCAAACUCAUUCUGGUAUCCUCAAAGAAUGCAAUUCCUGGAUAUAUAGCGGAUGUUCCCAGCCACCAGCAAAGUCUUUCUGUUAGCGAGGAUGAUAAAUUUGAUGCCCCGCGUGAUGGUGGGUUGAUUGAAAAUGAGAGCCAAAAGGAUGCUUCUGCAUCGAGUAAAUGGAACGGAGAGUUCUCCCCAGCUAGCAGUACUGUUACUGAAUCAACACAAGCUGGUGAAUUGAUCAGUAGAACAAAACUGGCAGCGGGAGGGAUGACAAUGUCUGAUCAGAUGGAUCUUCUUGUUGAACAAGUUAAGAUGCUUGCUGGAGAUAUUGCUUUCAGUACCAGUACUCUGAAGCGCUUGAUGGAGCAGUCUGUAAAUGACCCUGAAAGCUAUAAAACUCAGAUUGACAACUUGGAACGUGAUAUCCAAGAAAAAAGGAAGCAAAUGAGGGUGUUGGAACAAAGAAUAACCGAAUGUGGCGAAUCUUCUGUGGCUAACUCAUCAUUAGUUGAAAUGCAGCAGACAGUUACAAGAUUAAUGACUCAAUGUAACGAAAAGGCCUUUGAGUUGGAGUUAAAAUCUGCAGACAACCGUGUCCUUCAGGAACAACUAAAUGAUAAGUGUAAUGAAAACAAAGAUUUGCAAGAAAAAGUAAAGGUGCUAGAGCAGCAACUGGCAGCAGUAGAUAGUGGUACAUCGACGGUGUCUUCAGAAAGGCCCAUAUCUAGAGGACACAUUGAUGAGUUAAAAAAGAAAAUACAGUCCCAGGAGAUAGAAAAUGAAAAACUAAAGCUAGAGCAAGUUCACUUAUCAGAAGAAAAUAGUGGAUUGCGUGUGCAGAAUCAGAAACUCUCUGAAGAAGCUUCUUAUGCCAAAGAGCUUGCCUCUGCUGCUGCUGUAGAACUGAAGAAUUUGGCUGGGGAAGUCACAAAACUUUCGUUGCAGAAUGCAAAAUUGGAAAAAGAAUUGAUGGCUGCACGAGACCUGGUCAAUUCUCGUAGUGCUGUUAUGGCAAAUGGUGUCAACCGCAAGUACAAUGAUGUUAGAUCUGGGAGGAAGGGGAGAUUUUCUAGUCGUGCUAAUGAAAUUUCGGGAGCUGGUCUAGAUGACUUCGAGUCAUGGAGUCUUGAUGCUGAUGAUUUGAAGCUGGAACUGCAGGCUAGGAAACAGCGAGAGGCAGCUCUUGAGGCUGCCUUAGCUGAAAAGGAAUUUAUGGAAGAGGAAUACAGGAAAAAGGCUGACGAAGCCAAGAAGAGAGAAGAAGCCUUGGAGAACGAUUUGGCAAAUAUGUGGGUCCUUGUUGCCAAGUUAAAAAAAGAAGGGGGCGCUGCCCCAGAAUCAAACAUUGAUAAGAAAAAUGAUGGUGCAGAGCAUAUGGAUAAUCCAAAAACUGAUGACGUUGAAAAUAUUGAACCUAAGGAGCAAGUUUUGGAUGUAUCAAAACCAGACAUUGAUAUUCCCAAGGAUGAACCGUUGGUUGCUCGCCUUAAGGCACGCAUGCAAGAGAUGAAAGAGAAAGAGCUAAAAAAUAAUGGAAAUGGUGAUGCCAUUUCCCAUGUUUGUAAAGUAUGUUUUGAAUCUCCGACUGCAGCAAUUCUUCUUCCAUGCCGGCAUUUUUGCUUGUGUAAAUCUUGUUCACUUGCUUGCUCCGAAUGCCCAAUAUGUCGCACCAAUAUUACAGAUAGACUUUUUGCUUUUACACCUUAACCCUUUUAAUAGAGGGACUUGUUUCAUUGAGUGAAUAUAUUCCAUGCAACUACGGAUGCAAUUCUUUUAUUAGUUUUCCUGUAUGUAAAACUAUUUUAAAGGUAUAUCAAAUUCUCAUUUCCUUUACUCUGCCCCAAGAGAACUGUAUAAUAGGGGGAGACGGGUGCGGGGGAAGAAUGUAAAAAGGGAACAGUGUAAACUGCACUGCUGAAGUACAUAUUAUGCGCAAUGUAUGCUUCUUUUCUGUAAUACAUCAGAAAUUUUUUGGCCA